ACUCUCUGUCUCCGUCUCCAUCUCCAUCUCUCUCUCUGUGUCUGUGUUUUCUUCUUUGCGGUCACAAGAGUUUACUAAAUAUAGGUAAAAUCUAUAUGGGUUUGAGGUGAAUCCUUUGGUUGGCAAAUUGUUUUAGGCCUAAAAACUCUCCUUUGUUUUCGUCUAAAACCAGUGGCUUGUUUCUCUUCCCUGUCAGAGUUGGGAUUUUUCAUUUCUUAGAAAAUUACAGAUUGCUUUGUUAACGUAGGUUUUGUGAGGUGGAUUGUGGGUUUUAUCAAUUCUCCCCACCCGGUUUCUUCAUAUUGGUUCUUUGAUUUGUUCCUUUUGGUUCGGAUUUCAUUCACCCGCAAAAUGAUUAGGCUAUUAUAAUAGGGUUGGUGCUUCACACAAGCAUCAGUUUAUACAGCAAUACUAUUCGGAAAGCCGAGAUUAGAUGGCAUCUUCCCAAGUGGAAAUGGCCUCUGCGCCGUUCGGUUGCGUUUUGAGGGAUCACAACCGCCGGGACCGGUGCAGAGAGAGCAAUGCCAGAGCCACCAUAGGUGCUUUGCAGAAGAAUCUCAAGAGUUUGGUGAGGGAUCAUCUCUGCAUUGCAGUGUCUUCAAACUCUGGCUCCAAUGACAGCAACUCCGAGAACCAGGCUCGAAACAAGGAGCCAAACAAGGAUGAGAACAGCAACAGAAACGGUGAAAGAGAAGAUGGUUCGGGUUCGGUUAUGAGCCCGAGGCAUGCUAGGGUUCUUGAUCGAUGGGCUUUCGCAAGACAAAUAGUGACGAAACCAAUUGAGAGGCAGAGGAGAGAAGAGGCAGAGGUGGUUUCUGUGCCGAACUCGGCGCCUUCUUCGACAAGGACGUCGACUUCUGCCAAGGAAGAGACUUUAGCAAGAACAGAUAGCUUGGCUGAUCUCACCAAAAAAGGCGUGGGGGCUUCGUCUCUGGUUCAAAUUUGGGAGAAGAGGCUCCACAAAUCAGAAUCCCUCAAAACCAAUUCCAAUUCCGAGACAAGUGGGUCAGAUUCUGGAGUUAGCUGCCCUGAGAAUGAGAAUGAGAAUGUAAUAGUUGCCAAUGCUUCACCGUCCAGAGUUUCUGAAGCAGAAAAGGCAGAGUCCCCUGGUGAGAAAGCAGGGGAUACUAUUUUCUCUAUUGAAAAACCAGGGGACUCUGUUUUGGAUAUGGAAAAAGCAAGGGAGUCUAUAGAUGAAAGCUAUGAUGCCGGCACUGUUACUGACAUUGAAGAUUCUGAUAGGAUUGCUGUGAAUAGCCGGAAUUUAGAUUCUAAAGAAAAAGAGAAGGUUCGAGUUGUGGAUAUUAUUAGAAGACUGACUGCACAGGGUCCAUCGUCCUCUUUGAGUGAGGAAAAUGCUAAUGAUCAUGAUCAGCAGUUUAGUAGCGCUCACGGAUCGCCAUGUAGGGAUAUCCCCCGUGAGUUGUUACGUGAUCGGUGUUCCGGGGUUGAUCAAGCAGAGCACAGAGGCCUCUCUCAUGUUAUAAGCUCACCGCGCAUCAGAGGGAGGCAGGCAUUUGCCGAUUUGCUUAUGCAGAUGGAGCGUGACAGGCAUAGGGAACUUGACACACUGGUAAACCGCAAAACAGUUUCUAAGUUCCCACAGCGAGGCCGAACUCGAAUUCAGUCAUUACUUAGGCUUCGAUUGCUUCAACGUGGUGUGGCAUUUGCAGGUGUAGAUGUGCCACCACUUCCGCCAAAAGCAUCUCGAGUGAACAAACCGGCGCAAGGAUCUAGCAUCAUGCAUCUCAGGGAGAAAUUUCGUACUAGUGCUGAGCAGGGUUCAGUAGUGCAGGGUGAUGCACCUAAUCCAAAUAGCCCUCAUAAGGAGAUCAUAAAGAACCAGUGUGUCAACGUAGACAAAUCCUCCACCUCCAAUAAGCCCAGUGAAAGCACUCCUAAUCGAGAAGUUAAUGUUAUGGAACAGCAGAAAGCAUCCCCAGUACUGCGUGCUAGUGAAGAAGCGACCCAGAGUUUACACAAAUCCUCCACCUCCAAUAAGCCCAGUGAAAGCACUUCUAAUCGAGAAGUUAAUGUUAUGGAGCAGCAGAAAACAUUCCCAGUACUGCGUGCUAGUGAAGAUGUUUGUGAAGAAGCGACCCCCAGUUUACACAAAUCCUCCACCUCUAAUAAGCCUAGUGAAAGUACUCCUAAUCGAGAAGUUACUGUUAUGGAGCAGCAGAAUGCAUCCCCAGUACUGCGUGCUAGUGAAGAUGUUUGUGAAGAAGCGACCCAGAGUUUACAGAAAUCCUCCACCUCCAAUAAGCCUAGUGAAAGCACUCCUAAUCGAGAAGUUAAUGUUAUGGAGCAGCAGAAAACAUCCCCAGUACUGCGUGCUAGUGAAGAAGCUAUCCCCAGUUUACACAAAUCCUCCACCUCCAAUAAGCCUAGUGAAAGCCUUCCUAAUCGAGAAGUUAAUGAUAUGGAGCAGCAGAAAACAUCCCCAGUACUGCGUGCUAGUGAGGAUGUUUGUGAAGAAGUGACCCCCAGUUUAGAAGUUUGCUUCCAAGAAACUAGUUCAGUUUCUCAAAGCACCUUGCCAAAUGUUAGUGAAGAUCUUUGUGAAGUAGCCAGCCCAAGUCCGAAGGUCACCUGGCAAGACACAAGUUCAGUAGCUAGAAACCUUGGUUCGCAAGAAACUGCUGAUCCAACCACACCCAUAAAUGGUUCAAAUGAGAAUGAGAUAUGGAAAGGAAAAGGUUCAGUGGAUAGAAACCUUGAUUCACAAGAAACUGUAGAUUCAACAACAUCCUUGAAUGGUCGCGAUGGGGAUGAUGAAAUAUGGAAACCCACAAGUUCAGAGGCUAGAUACCUUGAUUCACAACAAAGUGCAGAUACAAGGAAACCCUUGAGUGGUGGGGAUGGGACUGGGAAUGAAAUAUGGAAAGGAACAAAUUCAGAGGCUAGAAACCUUGACACACAUGAAGCUGCAGAUACAACCUCAUCCUUGAACGGUUGGAAUGAAAAUGCGAUAUGGCAUGGAACAAGUUUAGAGGCUAGAAACUUUGACUCACAAGUAGAUACAACAACAUCCUUGGUCGACUGGGAUGAGAAUGAUGAUGAUUACCAGUAUUACGGAGAAACAAAUUAUGACUGGAUCAGUGAGAUUUCUCGCCCACGGAGCUAUUGGGAAGACAUUAGGAAAUCAUGGUACCAAGAGAUGCUUAACUCCAAUUCAGAAAAAGGCGAGAUACACCAACUCCUUGAAAGAAGAACAGUAUCAAAUUUUCUUUCUAGUGAUUUCCGAGAUAGGAUAGAUAGAUUGAUGGUAUCUCGCAUAGAAAGACAAACAUGUCAUAGUGUCAGUCAAGAAGAAGAAGAUGACGAGAGCAGCUAUGAUAGAAUGAAUCAAAUGGUGUCUUUCUUACAACAACGCAGCAGCGCAUCAGGCACUGAAGAAGCAGAAGAAGUGCAAGAACAUGUACAGGUACAAGAACAAAACCAAGUCCAAGAACAAGUGCUAGAACACGUGCAAGUCCAAGAACAGGUGCGAGAACAUCAAGACCAUGAAGACGAGGAGAUGACAGAAGAAGAGGAGGAGCAAGAAGAAGCAGAAAAAGUGAAAGAACAUGUACAGGUACUAGAACAAAACCAAGUCCAAGAACAAGUGCUAGAACAGGUGCAAGUCCAAGAACAGGUGCAAGAACAUCAAGACCACGAGGACGAGGGGAUGACAGAAGAAGAGGAAGAAGAAGAAAAUGAUGACAACUACGAUGAUGAUGAAGAAUCAAGGAGCCUAAUUAGUGGUCAGUUUCAAGAAGCUAGUGAUUAUUUUGACCGUGCAUCAUUGCAGCCUUCACCAUCUCACUUUACAACAUGGAGUUACCAAGAUAAUGAAGUUGGGGAUGAUUCGGACCAAGCCACUUCUCCAUCUCCUCACCAACGGUCAUCCUUUCCAUCUUACUAUCCAAAUAGUCCACAACUUUCACCAUCUCCAUCUUACAACGCUAAUCACCGGCAGCAUUCUCCCUCCCUCAGUCAUCCUUCAAUGGAAAUGGAGCUCUUAUACGACUUGAGAGGGCAUAUGAUACAACUCUAUCAAGAGAUGUCGGAGCUAAGAAAAGAAAUAAAGAGCUGCGUAGACAUGCAAAUGACAGUGCAACAAUCCAUGAACCAGGAUGUUCAUUCAGGUCAAGUGGGGAUGAAAAGAAACUCUAGUGGGUUAACAAAGAAAGGCAAUUGCCGCAUUUGCAAUGAAGCAAAAAUCGACUCACUUUUGUACAGGUGUGGACACAUGUGCACCUGUCUCAAGUGUGCUCAUGAUUUGCAAUGGAACAGCGGAAAAUGUCCAAUCUGUCGAGCUCCGAUUGCAGAUGUCGUGAAGGCAUACAUGGAUUCUUAAAUCUCUACUGGUGUCUGGUGAACGAGUUCUUGCUUCAGAGGACCGUCUUUAUUUGUAAAACUAAACGCAUUGUGAAGCACAAAUUGGCAGAGGAAGGAAGCUAAUUAAUUUAUUCUUAUCUUACCUAAUUUACUAUCUACUUUAAUUUUGUAAUGUCAAAGUGACUGGGAAUUUGGAACAUCAGAGGUUGUUUCUCUUUUUCCACAUA